AUGGGUAUAAAAGGAGCGAUAAAGCUUGGGUUAGGGUUUCUGAUGAGCGAUCGCCCCAGCAAGAAACAGAGGAGGGCGCCGUCGUCGUCACAAGAAAUCGCGGCGCCGAUCGCAGCGGCGCCAGUCGAUGAUGAUGUCGAGUACAUCGAGGCGGAGGAGGAAGAGCCAGAAGAGAACACGAAACAAAAGGAUUUCAGCGCGCUCGAGCUGAAAUCGGACCAUGACAGGCGGCCGAUCCUUGUCGGCUGCGAUGGUCGAAUUUUUCUCGAGACUUUCUCCCCGCUCUACAAGCAAGCUUACGAUUUUCUCAUUGCGGUUGCGGAGCCAGUGUGCAGGCCAGAGCAUAUGCACGAGUACAGCCUCACUCCACAUUCUCUCUACGCUGCCGUAUCGUUUGGUUUGGAAACGUCCGCCGUGAUCACCGUGCUCGAGCGCCUGUCCAAGGCCAAGUUGCCAUCGACAGUGUUGGAUUUCAUCCGGAAAGCAACUCUCAAUUGUGGCAAAGCCAAGCUCGUUCUUCAAAAAAAUCGCUACUUUAUUGAGUCGCCGAAUGACGAGAUAUUUAAGAAAUUCUUGAACGACCCUGUUAUCGCCCGAGCGAGGAUAUUCAACACGACUCAGAUAUCUGUUUCUGCCGAGAGCCUACCGACAGACUUGGAGUCUCUGACGGGUGAAGUAGCGGAGGAGCGAAAAGUUCACUCUUUUGAAAUCGAUCCAGAUCAGGUGGAGCUUGUAAAACAGCGCUGCCUGUCACCUGAUUUAAGUUAUCCAUUGCUUGAAGAAUACGACUUUAGAAAUGAUACGGUAAAUCCUGAGUUGAGUAUCGAGCUCAAACCUCAGGCUCAACCUCGGCCGUAUCAAGAAAAGAGCCUGAGCAAGAUGUUUGGAAAUGGUCGUGCGAGGUCGGGAAUAAUUGUUCUUCCUUGUGGAGCUGGUAAAUCACUCGUUGGAGUAUCUGCAGCAUGCCGCAUUCGGAGAAGCUGUCUCUGCUUGGCCACUAACGCCGUGUCCGUGGAUCAAUGGGCGUUUCAGUUCAAGCUCUGGUCGACCAUUCGUGACGAUCAGAUUUGCAGAUUCACAUCAGACAGCAAAGACAAAUUCAAAGGAAACGCAUGCGUUAUUGUUACCACUUACAAUAUGGUCGCUUUCAAGGGAAAGAGAUCGGAAGAGUCUGAGAAAGUGAUUGAGCUCAUAAGAAGCCGUGAAUGGGGCUUGCUUCUUAUGGACGAGGUGCAUGUCGUGCCAGCUCAUAUGUUUCGAAAAGUGAUUAGCAUCACCAAGUCGCACUGCAAGCUUGGACUAACUGCCACUCUUGUGAGAGAGGACGAGCGUAUUACUGAUUUGAACUUUCUGAUUGGUCCAAAACUUUACGAAGCAAACUGGCUAGACCUCGUGAAAAAUGGCUACAUUGCCAACGUUCAGUGCGCGGAGGUCUGGUGUCCCAUGACGAAAGAGUUUUAUGCAGAGUAUCUGAAGAAGGAAAACAAGAAACAGCAGGCCUUAUACGUCAUGAACCCAAACAAGUUUCGAGCUUGCGAGUUUCUUGUUCGCUUUCAUGAGCAGCAGCGCGGUGACAAGAUUAUAGUUUUCUCUGAUAAUCUUUUUGCACUGCGAGAGUAUGCUACUAAACUGAAGAAGCCUUUCAUAUACGGUCCUACGAGUCAUCAAGAGCGGACAAAGAUUCUAUACGCCUUUAAGCACAGUCUUGAUGUGAACACCGUAUUUCUGUCAAAGGUUGGAGACAAUUCAAUCGACAUACCAGAGGCAAAUGUGAUCAUCCAAAUAUCAUCACAUGCUGGUUCUAGACGGCAGGAAGCACAGCGGCUGGGGCGAAUUUUAAGAGCAAAGGGAAAACCAUGUGACCGAGUAAGAGGUGGCUCGGAAGAGUACAAUGCUUUCUUUUACUCCUUGGUCUCGACAGAUACACAGGAGAUGUAUUAUUCAUCUAAGAGGCAGCAGUUUCUCAUCGACCAGGGAUAUAGUUUCAAGGUGCUUACAAAUUUGCCACCAUCUGAUAGUGGCACAGAUUUGAGCUACAGUAACCUACAAGAUCAAAUGGAUCUAUUGUUAAAGGUUUUAAAUGCGGGAGAAGAUGCCGCUGGUGUCGAGAAACUGGAACACGAUGCAGAUGAUAUUGCCAACUUGAAAAUUCGUCGCACAGCUGGGUCCAUGAGCGCGAUGUCUGGUGCCAAAGGUAGAUUGUAUACAGAAUUCAGUGGACGAGGCAAACCGCGCGACCCUAACAAGCGACAUAAUCUGUUCAAAACCAGAUACAAAUAGGAGGGAAACGAUUCAGCUCAUCGCACACCUCGUCCAUGCACACGCCAGAGCAAGUUCGUGUCGCCUUUUUUCGUGUCUGGGAGGUGACGAAUCUGGAAACAAAACCGUGCUUGUCAGAUCCAGCCUGCAGUCUGCUUUGUAUUGUUAGGAGCAAGUCAUUUGGAUCUCAAGCAGUAAGUCUAUUGUGCUGUCCAGAGUUUCCUGGUUGGCUCGAAAGAGAUUCUAGCAUCUAAAAUAGGAUCUUUAUAUACUGAAUUGCGAGUUUAGUUAAUGCAUUUUAUGUUAAAUAAGAGGUCAAGUGAAUGUA